GGGGAAGUUGUGACUGUGGGGCAGUUAGAGUUCGAAGUGGAAUAUCUACGACGAAACUGCAGGUUAAAGUUCUAAACGGGGGGCAGGAGGUAUGCGUAAUAAUAUCGCCGACGCUGGAAGAGCUACGUUUUAGUCCUUUCACAUGGGGAACAUCAACUCGAGCCCAGGAGUUCGAAGCUAUAAUGGAUCCAACGUUCAGGACCACGGGAGAACGGGGACUGUCCAGCCGACGCGACGGGCGAACGGGACGGUAGAGGUUACCGUUCACUACCAGCAGUCGCUGCAGGAUUGUCCGUCGACCAACUUUACAGAGGCCGGCUUUGACUCCCUGCUCCUUACCCUACGGGAGCGCUACCCUACCUACAAUGUUAUGCUGCGUGUAAAGGCAGUGAAUGAAUAUCGCAAGACUCUGCCGUUCAAGAACAGUGGUAUUGCCUCUCCUGCCACCAUCAAGCCAGACGUUGCCUUCUAUGUCAGGCCUUUCCCCAGUAUGCAGAAUGAAGUCAAAAGCCUUCUCCAGUCUCAUCUUGAUCCUGGGAACAUUUGCAGGUAAACACUAUGAAAAACUAAUGUGAUGUAGAUAGAAAAUGGUAGCUACAGCUGAAAAGUUGAACGAUGUGUAAUUAUACACAAAUCUCCCUCCCUUUCUUUCUCAUUUCUCUCCCUCUUUUGAUCCUCUGUUUCGC